UUGUAGUUAAUUUGUUGUGUGCAACACACGUUGAAUUUAAAUAAAAUACGCGGAUAUUUAUUUGUUUUAAUUAAAAGAAAUUAAGAUUUACUUAAGUUUACAAAAUUCAAAUGGCUUGUGAUAAGUUUUUAACCUUCAAUAAUGGUGUAAAAAUGCCGGCUUUAGGCAUUGGUACAUGGCAAGCCCCUGAUGAUGAAGUUGAAUUAGCUAUUAAUUUAGCCUUGGAAGCAGGUUAUCGCCACAUUGACACAGCACCAGUUUAUAUGAAUGAAAAAACAAUUGGAAAAGUGUUGAAAGAAUGGAUGGACUCAGGACGCAUUAAACGUGAAGAACUCUUUAUUACAACAAAAUUGCCACCACCGGCCAUCAUAGCAGAUUAUGUGGAACCUACUUUGCGUAAAUCUUUGGCUGAUUUGCAAUUGGAUUAUAUUGAUUUAUAUUUGAUACAUGUCCCCUUUGGUGUUCUCUUAGAGAAUGGUAACUUUAAGCGUGACGAAAACGGUUUGGUUGAAAUUGAUCCAACUACAGAUCAUUUAGCAGUAUGGAAGAAAAUGGAACAUAUUUAUGAAUUGGGUCUAGCAAAAGCUAUUGGUGUAUCAAAUUUCAAUUUGAAACAACUUAAAAAUGUUUUAGAUAAUUGUAAUAUUCGUCCAGCUAAUUUGCAGAUCGAACAUCAUAUUUAUUUGCAACAACCGGAAUUGGUUGAUUUCUGUAAGAAUGAGGGCAUCACUGUUACAGCCUAUUCACCACUGGGCUCUAAGGGAAUUGCUCAAUUAAAUAAAAUGGCUGGUAUUGAUCGUGAUUUACCCGAUUUAAUGGAUGUACCCAUAGUCAAAGAAAUUGCCGAAGCCCAUAACAAGACUCCAGCUCAAGUUCUAUUACGUUGGAUUAUCGAUUCGGGUCUAUCGGCCAUACCGAAAAGCACUAAUCCCGAGAGAUUGAAACAAAAUUUAGAUAUAUUUGAUUUCAAAUUAACUGAAGAAGAAAUGGAAAAAAUGAAAUCUUUGGAUGCUAAUGUGCGUAUUUGUGAUUUUAAAUUUUUCCCUGGAGUUGAAAGACAUCCUGAAUUCCCCUUUUAAUUAUUUGUUAUAUUUGAUAUAUAUUAAUUAAUUAAAUUAUACAAACAAUUCUAAUUAGGGCACGCUUAAUUUACGUUUCACUUUAAUUAACACUCAUGUAGUAUUUAUUUAAAAAAAAUCGCAAUAAAAAUGUUGAAAAUAUUCAGAGAAAAA